UGAACACAAGCAUUUAACAUGAUAUAGAGAUAGGAUCUAAAAUUUUCAAUGAUAAUAUUAUAUUAAAUAAAGUCUAGAAAAUAAUUUCCAAGUCCUUGAAAUAACCAAAAAUGAUUUCACAAAUGUGGAGUUUAUGAUAGUUUUGUUAAUAUCAAUAACAGAAGUUUUAAUUUUUAAUUUAAAGUUGUGAUCCACAAAGAAUGACAACUCUUGCCUUAGGCUAGUACUUAUAAGUUGAGAUCUAUAAGUUUACUUCCUUUGCAAUUACACAAUUGAGUGGAAAAUGAAAACUGUUUUCUACACAAUAUCAUACAUUUUUGCACAACAAAAUCAUUAAAGAUUUAUUCAUUUGUGUUUGAUUUACCCCUCAAGACAUGGUUCCUAUGAUUCUGUCAACUUACAUAUGGUAAAAAAUUAACUUUUAACAAGCCAAUAAUAAAACGAAGUACCAGUAGGUAAAUAUUAGAGCAGAUAAUACAGUUUUGCUUGUAUCAAAAUGUCACAAUAGAUCCACUUUUUGUAAUACAGAACACCUGGUAGGAUUAGCAAAGGUGCAAUUAUAUUGAUCUCUAUUUCCUAUGCCUACAUGAUAUCCUUAACGGAAAAUCUUAGUCAAUAUAAACAAGGAAUAUAACUUAACUGCAUUUAAUGAAGAAGUAAAACUGUGUAGUCUCCCCGUAUUUAACCUUUGUAACAGAAAAACUUCCUGUUUCGUAUCUGAUGUGAACUUUGGACAAUACCCAGUCAACAUUUAGGACAGUAUAUCUAAGCAAACAAAUAAAUGAUUUACUGAAGUAAAUAAACGUAAUUUAGCGGUGUUUAUAGAAUAUAACCUUAAAGUAAACAAACCAAAUAUGGAAGUGUCAGGACGUACAAAAUCCAACCGGGAAGAUGGAAAAGAAAACAUUUUAUGCCAGCCGUGCCAUGGUGACGGCGAUAAUGUACCAGCAGAGGGAUACUGCGAAACAUGUAAUGAAUAUUUUUGUUCGUCAUGUCUGAAAUUUCAUCGUAAACAGUCUGUAAGCAAAAAUCACGUGAUCAAAGGUAAACAUGAAAUGCCGAUGGUCCAGAUUCAGACCGAUCCAUGUUCUGAGCUCUGUGUUGUUCACAAAACCGAGAUAGUGAAAUUCUAUUGCCAAAAACAUAACUCUGUUGGAUGUGGUGAUUGUAUGGUGUUAGAGCAUAAAUCCUGCAAGGUUCAGUUAGUUACUGAUGUAUCCGGUAACUAUGGCAACAAUGAUGAACUUGAGCAUAUAAAGAAGAAGAUAGAAGAUCUUCGAAAAGAUAUAUCAGCCUCAAAACAUGAAAUAAAGCGAAGUUUACAAGUUGCUGAGGAGGCAACGAUCAAAAUUAUUAAAGAUAUAAAUUCCUAUCGCAGAGAAAUGAAUAGUUACCUAGAUCAUGUUGAAACAGAUCUUAUACAAGAAGUUGAAAAGCUAAAUGCUAAUGAUGUGUCUCAACAAAGUCAGUUUCUAGACGAGUGCAAAACCAUGGAAAACGAAAACAAACUAGAUAAAUAUGCGGACAAGAUUAAUCAGUUGUUCGUAACAGCAAAAUUGGCACGGAUGAAAAUAGAAGAAUUUCGAAAGGAUUCAGAAAAUCUUGCUUCAAGAUUUCAAAUAAAGAUUUGCGAGUUUGAGCCUUGCAAAGAAAUGGAAUCACUAAAACGAAACCAGGCCCAGUUAGGAAUCAUUGUGACACAAACGCAGACAUUUAUUACACACAGAAAGAAACGUGUAGUUGAUAUGAAGGCACAUUAUGUGAAGAAGCUCGAUGUAAAAUCUACUGAUGACAGAUAUAAUUUUUGUCAGAUUACAGGGUUAGCAAUGCUUUCUUCUAAUGAGCUUCUGCUUGUGGAUUUUCAAAAUGAUUAUGUGAAGAUUUUGAAUGUAAGCGACAAUACAAUCACAUCAAAGUAUAAAACAUCUGGUGUACCAUGGGAUGUAACAGCGAUAAAUUCUGAAACUGUUGCAAUCACCUUACAAGAUAAAGGGAAAAUCUUGUUUAUGAACAAUAAAAACGGACUAACUGAAAGUCACAGCCUGAAAGUAAGAAAAUGGUGCAGAGGGAUUGAUCAUCACAAUGGUGUCAUUGCAGUGUCCUUUAUCCGCCCACGGGCUGUCCAGAUACUGAACAUGAAAGGUGAGAUUUUACAUGAAGUCAAAGAUACGAGCAUGUUUCAGUAUCCAAACUACAUAGCUUUCAGAGGUGAUAAGAGUAUUGUUGUGUCUGACUGUGAUAAACAUGCAGUGUAUGAGCUAACAGUAGAAGGGCAACUAAAGGCAACGAUGACUAGUGAGGAUCUUUUAUAUCCAAGGGGACUGGCAGUGACCAGCAAUGGAACUGUUGUUGUUUGUGGACGAGAUAACAGCGGAAGAGUAAGCAUGAUAGUUCCAGAUACAAGAGAAAUUCUGCCUCUCUAUGUACAGCAUGUCCAGCAACCAGUGUCAAUUCUUGUUUGUGAAGAAAGCAACAAAAUGUUUGUAUGUGAAAGCAGUAGUUCUAAUGAUUGUAAUUACAUAAAAAUGUAUUACCUUAAAUAGAGUGCAAAACUAGAAACGAACUGUUUAUUUGGUACCUUGGCGUAAUCUGCAACUCAAAUAAACUGUACAUACUUCAUUAGAAAUUA